AUGCCGUUGGUAAUGGAUAAGUGUUGUUUCUUCUUACCACUCAGAAAGGGAUGCCUGAUCAUCGGAUACUUAAACCUGGUUGGCAACCUCUUAAUGAUUUUGCUAUCGGUCAUCGGACUGGCGGCCGCGUCCGUGCUGAUGAUCAUAGGCAAGGAUGAAGAGGAACAAAAUCUAGGAGCGGCCAUGUUCGUCGUGUGUAUGGUCAUGCUUAUACUCCUACUAGUGUUUCUGGCGUUUACUAUAAUUCUGCUGUUGGGAUUGCAUCAGCACAAGCGAACUCUGGUAAAAGUCUACCUGAUCUAUGCUCUGGCCUUCAUUGUGCUCUCCAUCAUCAUGUUCUUCGCCAACCUUAUGGUCGCAGUCGAGCCGCUCAACAUUGUUAAAGAUAUCGUCUCUAUUGUGGUUCAAAUUUACUUCUGGCUGGUAAUAAGAAGUUUCUACCUCGUGAUGGACAAUCCUGAGGAAGCGACUUAUUUCGAACCAAUUUAACUUGUAAUGUAAUCCAAUUGUAAUUAAAUAUCUGUGAUAGAUAAAACAAUCAAUUGUUAUAGGUAGCGUUUUUUAUUUUAUUUUUUUGAUCAUAACGAUCAUUUAGAAAUUGUAUUUUGUAUUACCAUUUUUUUUUGUAUUGUGUAAUAUUUUUAAAUAUUGUGUUUGGUCGUCUAUGUUAAUUUCUAUAAACAUGACUAAAAUGUUGAUGUAUAAAUGUUGUUAUUACAUUUUAAGUUGUUAAAGUUUUUCUUAUACGUUUAGUUUUAAGAUACGCUUUUAUGAAACGUUUCGUUUUGACCAUAAACACAUUGAAACGGGAAGAUUUUUACUUUUU